ACAUUCCUCCUCCCCUUCUUCACCCAGAAACAUGAAUUCAGUGGAUGAUCUCGGUUACAGCAACAGACGCCUUCUUAAAGAUUCCUUAUUUGAACAACCAUUUGGAAACCGAGAAAGAAUUGUUACUAUAUGUGCGACUUCUGCCAUUGCAGCCCUGUUUGUAAUCUCUCUGUUCAUCUCCCUCUUCACCUGCUUUCGGCGUCAACUGAACUCUCCUUCCUCUAAACCUCUCUCAUCCACAUGUAGCAGCCAGUUACUCACUACCAUGCCUGUAUAUAUCUAUGGUGAUUCAUCUUCGAAUAUGCCGUCGUCUUAUUGUUUUACAUCGUUUGAAUCCAGGACCUGUGUCAUAUGUUUGGCGGAGUUUGAGUACGGAGAUGAACUUCGUGUUCUGCCUAACUGCAAGCAUGUGUUUCAUAAAGGUUGCAUUGAUCAAUGGCUUCCAUUGAGAUCGUUGCUUUGCCCUCUUUGUCGAGAACAUACAAUCAAGGAGAUUGAGACCAUGAGGAGACCCGUUUGUUCAAACUAUUGGUCCCGAAAUCCAGCCUUCAUAUUGGCUUUCGGCCUUGGUAGUAAUGCCCCAUUACCCUCUCAAUUGUAAUUUCCAUAUCGAGUAAUUACAAAUCUAGCCUAAUUUAUCUAAACUAGAAUAGCAGCUUAAAAAGUUACGAUUACACAAACUCGGAAAAUACAUCUUAAUUAAUAUAUUAGUUAGUAAGUAUUUAGUA